GCUACAGUUUGCCACCCUCCUGCUUCAGCCUCCCAAAGUGCUGGGAUUGCAGGCACGCACCACCACACCCGGCUGCUUGGGCACAUCUUUUGCAUUCUCCUCAUUGAGGAGGUGACCUCUGGCGUCCAGGGCAGGGCAGGUGUCUCUAGGGGACUUGUAAGAGAAAGGGACUCAGGCUCUGUCCCAGCCCCUUCCCUGGAGCGUCUACAUCCAUUCCAGGGAGGAGAGUGAAACCCGCCCUGUCCGUGUCACCAAGUGCACGGGUGCUGGGGGUCCCCGUGUGGCCUCUGAGUCCCCGCUGAGCCAGGGCCAGGCAUUGUUGGCCUUGGGAAGGGACCUGGGCUGUGGCCCUGUGCCCAAGAUUCUGGAGAGGAGAGGGAGGGCCGUGUUGCUCUUGGGCUGGCUGCAGAAGGACGGUCCCCAAGAGCCCUGGGCAGUGCAGGAAAGCUCGGCGGGAGGGCUUCACAGAAUCCGAGCCAGCUGUCUGAGUAAAUGGAAAGACUUCCUGUUUCCACGGACCAGAAGACUCCUGAGAUUCAUCUGGAAACCAGGGGGCCCUGUGUAGCCGCAGCAAUCUGGAACAAGAACACAGCUGGACGCCUCACACGUCCAUCUCCAAACCUACUACAAGCCGGGCACGGGAGCCGUCGCCUGUCAUCCAGCUGUGUGGGAGGCUGAGGCAGGAGGAUCGCGGUUUGAGCCCAGCCUGUGUAUCAUAGGCAGAUGCUGUCUCCAAAGGGGUGGGGGUGGGCGGGGGAUCCGACUCAGCGGUGAGGCGCCUCUGGGCCCCAUCCCCAGCACUGCAGAAAAGGGGGUCACAGAGGAGCAGGCUGAGACCAGCGGAACCCCACCGGUUGGUUCUCUGGGGAAGCCCUGACGGUUCCCAGAAAGCCAUCUGGCUGAGCACUGCGGGCCAUGGCGGCCCCAGAGCCCCUCGCGGUGUCUGACCCCCGUCUCCGAAGAGUAGGUGUGCCCGGAGCCCGGAGUCCGGCUGCCCCGGCUCUUACUUCCUCUGGUCCUCCUGGCACGCAGCUGGAACCCCAGCCGAGCCCGGGACAUCGGCUCAGGGCAUCAUGCGAGGUGGACGGGUUGAGGAGCGGGUGGGGCCCACGGCUCCAGGGCGGCCUGGGGACAGAGGGUGCUGUCCAGCUCGGGGCUCCUGGGCUGUGGGCUGAGCCCAUUUCUGGAGCCACCCUGAAUCCUUAGUCCCCAGCUCACGUGAAAGGAGAGGCCCACCGUGGUGGGAGGGGAAUGACUGUCACCCGGGGUAACUCGCGCCUACACUACGGAAUUCUGUCACGGUAGUAGUGAGCAUAAGACAGCACAGUACCCCCACCUACAGGAUUCACAACACCGAAUCCACAGUGUAAACGCUGUGUAAAUAUCACCAAAGAGCUGGGUGUGCUGCGCAUGCAUGUAAUCCCAGCACUGGGGAGGCUGAGGCAGGAGGAUCAACGUGAGUUCAAGGCCAGCCUGGGCUAGACAGCCAGGCCCCAGAACACCUGCCUCUGGCUGUGCCCCUCCAGGUUCCCGGCCCAUGACAGCCGUGCUGGGCGCUCUCUCUUCUCCAUGUUUGUUUUUUAACGUGUCACUGAAUGUUGCUCAUGUGUCGGGGCCAGGAGGACUUGUGUGUGUGUCUUUUUACGCCUCACAGGCAGCCGUGAGACAGUGACAGACGCUGAGAGGUCCAUGCUAUCACCAAAGGAAAGCUGUGUCCCCGUCAGUGUGAAAACGGAACCCCUGGAGGACCCCGGUAUUUCCCUGAAGACAGAAGCUGUGACGGUCAAGAAAGAAGCCGAAGACCCCCAUUACUAUCAGUACAGCACGCCAGGCAGCCACCCUUCCUCCACCAGCGCGGAGGCCAGAGCGAUGGAAUCACCCAUGGAAGAGUCCACCCAGCCGGUCUCUUCAGAAACCAACGAGGACUGUGAAGGUGACGUGAAAAUCGAAGGUCAGUUGCCGAAAGCCUUGUCUCACUCACCUGGAAACACAACUCCAUCCAGCGGCACACCUUCUGCGUCGGGCGUGGAAGAGCUUAACAUCGUGCAGGUGACCGUUCCAGACAAUGAGAAGGAAAGAUUAUCAAGCAUUGAAAAGAUUAAACAGCUACGAGAACAAGUUAAUGACCUCUUUAGUCGAAAAUUUGGUGAGGCGAUCGGUGUGGACUUCCCCGUGAAGGUGCCCUACAGGAAAAUCACCUUCAACCCGGGCUGCGUGGUCAUCGACGGGAUGCCCCCCGGCGUGGUGUUCAAGGCGCCCGGGUACCUGGAGAUCAGCUCCAUGCGGAGGAUUCUGGAUGCUGCAGAGUUUAUCAAGUUCACUGUCAUCAGGCCGCUCCCGGGGCUCGAGCUCAGUAACGUGGGCAAACGCAAGAUCGACCAAGAGGGCCGCGUGUUUCAAGAGAAGUGGGAGCGCGCAUACUUCUUCGUGGAGGUGCAGAACAUCCCCACGUGCCUCAUCUGCAAGCAGAGCAUGUCGGUGUCCAAGGAAUACAACCUGCGGCGCCACUACCAGACCAACCACAGCAAGCACUACGACCGCUACACGGAGCAGGCGAGGGACGCCAAGCUGGAGGAGCUCAAGAACGGGCUCCAGAAGUAUCUCCUGGGCUCGUCGGACCUGCUGUGCGCGGAGCCCAAACUCCCCAACAUGGCUCCACCCGAGAACAUCGUGGUGCAGCCGCUAGAAGACACGACCGGGAACCCGUGGGAGAAGCUGCGCGAGAAAAUCAAACUGUUUGUGGCCUACUCGAUCGCCAUCGACGAAAUCACAGACAUAAACAACACCACGCAGCUGGCCAUCUUCAUCCGGGGCGUCGACGAGAACUUCGAUGUGUCCGAAGAGCUCCUGGACACGGUGCCCAUGACGGGCACAAAAUCCGCCAACGAGAUCUUCUCGCGCGUGGAGAAGAGUCUCAAGAAAUUCAACAUCGACUGGUCCAAGCUGGUGAGCGUGGCGUCCACGGGCACCCCGGCCAUGGUGGAUGCCAGUCACGGCUUGGUCACGAAGCUCAAGGCCAAGGUGGCCAUGCUCUGUAAGGGCUCCGACCUGAAGUCCGUCUGCUGCAUCAUCCACCCCGAGUCCCUGUGCGCGCGCAGGCUGAGGAUGGACCACGUCAUGGACGUGGUGGUGAGCUCUGUGAACUGGGUCUGCUCGCGGGGCCUGAACCACGGCGAGUUCACCACGCUGCUCUACGAGCUCGACAGCCAGUACGGCAGCCUGCUGUACCACACCGGGAUCAAGUGGCUCAGCCGCGGGCUGGUGCUGCGGAGGUUCUUUGAGUCCUUGGAGGAAAUCGACCACUUCCUGUCCUCCCGGGGGAAGCCGGUGCCUCAGUUGAGCUCCCGGGACUGGAUCAGGGACCUGGCCUUCCUGGUGGACGUGACCUCGCAUCUCAACACCCUGAACGUGUCCCUGCAGGGGCACUCCCAGAUGGUGACGCAGAUGUACGACCUCAUCCGGGCCUUCGUGGCCAAACUGUGCCUCUGGGAGACGCACUUGGCCAGGAACAACCUGGCCCACUUCCCCACGCUCAAGUCGGUGUCCAGGGACGGAAGCGACGGGCUCAACUACAUCCCCAGGAUCGCCGAGCUCAAGAGCGAGUUCCAGAGGCGGCUGUCCGACUUCAAGCUCUACGAGGCUGAGCUCAUGCUGUUCAGCUCGCCCUUCGCCACCAAGAUCGACAGCGUGCGGGAGGAGCUGCAGAUGGAGGUGAUCGACCUGCAGUGCAACACGGCGCUGAGGGCCAAGUACGACAAGGUGGGCGUCCCCGAGUUCUACAAGUACCUGUGGAGCAGCUACCCCAAGUACCGCAGCCACUGCGCCAGGAUCCUGUCCAUGUUCGGCAGCACCUACAUCUGCGAGCAGCUCUUCUCCAUCAUGAAGCUCAGCCAGACCAAGGACGGCUCCCCGCCGCAGGACCCGCAGUGGGACGCCGCGCUGCACGGCGCCACGUAGGAGGGAAGGGGCCGCCGCGCCGGGCCCUGGAGUCCACGGGCGCGCAAGGCCCACGAGGACGAUGGACUCGGAGGUAUACUGGGAGUGUCCCCCUUUCCCACACUGAAUCAGAAGUCCAGUUGCCGGGAUCGCCCGCUGGUAUGCUAUUCUAUGCUUCCCUGUAGGCCAGUAAAGCUCCAGAAAGCUG